CCAUUUACAAAUGUUCUAGAUCAUUUGCAGUAAGUAUGUGCAACAAGAUCUCGCACAUGAUUCAAGGACUGGCGACACCUGCACACAUGAAGCUGCAGCUGAUUCCUAUACUGCAGCACAUGCACCAUGACACUUCUACUGCGGCCAUGGUGCGACAACUGUGCACUGACCUACUCCCCAAAUAUCCUGCCCAAGACUUUGUACUGGUUACUCUUCGCACUCUUACGCAGCUGGCCUCAGCUACUCUUGUUGAGAUACCAAAUCAAGUGGAGUUAUUGUUAGACUACCUGGUGAAUGAUCCAAGGCGAGAAGUGCAGUGUUGUGUGCUGCAAUGUCUGUACUUGCUAGCCAAACAUGGGGCCUACCUGUGGCCUGACACCAGUGUGGCCAGUCUUGUUAACGUGGCCCGAGGACCACACCCCUCUCUGGUCAUUUGUGCUCUUGAUGUCUUGAUUGUUCUCACUCGUUCAGCAGCUAUUUGCAAUGCCCAUGCUCGCUCAGAUUCUGUCCUAAUGGAACUUUGCCAAGACACAAGCUACUCCAGCAAUAUGGUAAUUGCAACCAAAUCCAUCAAAAUCUUGUCUCAAGUUUUAUGCUAUUGCUUCAGAGAGGAGCUAGCCAGCCAAGGACUGGAUGAGCGCCUGGAUGCUGUAGAGUCCUUGUUCCUGUUGUUGGCUGCUACCUGCACUCACACAGAUACCAUGCGCUCGGUACUCUCCGCUGCAUUGUCAACCUGUGUAAUGUCCAGAAGACACUGUGUCCUCGCUUUGUGCAGCUCAUUGCUACCUGCCUUGUUGAAGACAUGGCUGGUUUAUUGGUGCUCGGCGCUGCUGUGUGAGGCUCUAGGGGCUAUCGGAGGGAUGCAGCAACAUGCGACUCAGGCGUUCCUGCCACACCUGCUCAAGAAACUGGGCCAGCUGAGCUCCUCUCCUUCCGGCCCUGAGGACACCAAGGUAAUGCUGUGCACUCUAGUAUUCCAGUGUGUCUCAGCAGCUCAGUGGAAAAGUAUAGGAGCUCAGUCUACCAUAGAUGAAGCUGUGCGUACCACUAACCUCUGGGCUAACUACAGAAUAGCAAGAUCUGCUGCUAGGUAUGGACACUUGAGUGUGUGUGCUGGGAUUGUGGGUCAGCUACAUGAACAUGUAUCGUCAGAACAUCUCCACUUCUGGCUGCUGACCCUAGAGGAGUUGAGUGAGGGUGAAGCCUGUCUCCGCAGUGAUGAUGGUCUGCUCGCUCGGCUCGGUGCUGCUACCUCACACUACUACAAGGCUCUGGCUGCCAUCAAGGCUGCAAGCACUCCAUCCCAGUCGCUGGUGUUUCAAGCAGAGUACAUGAGGCUGCGCUGUGAGAUGCUGCAGUGCCUCGCUCAGCUGGUGGCCACUUGUAAGAGUUUCUGCACAGCCCCACCUCCAGCUAUUGCAGCCACCAUCGUCCAGACCACUCGAGAUGACUUGCAGAAAUUCGGCAACAUCACAAACCGAUUGCGGAAAUGCAUCAAAGAAUUUCAGACCUGUGGAGAACUGUAUUGGAAACUGUACCAGUCAGUAUUUGACGCAGAUCCGAGCUCACUGAACAACAUUCAGAUACUGCAACACAUGUGUGCUCUGAUGGCUUAUAAUAUAGAGUGUGUAGCUAUCACCAACUAUCAGGGAGAUGAGCCUGCUCUUGACUCCAGUUUGCAGAGGAGUUGUCUGGAGACCCAACUGAUGGUACAGUGUUGUCAACGUGCUAGUGCCAUGGCUCGCUCUGUUGAUAAAUCCAUCAAGCCAAUCACUCAUUUGCACCUGGAAGGUUUGAUGAAACAAGUAGAAAUGAUAUUGGAAGGUUCAUUCUGUCUCCCAAGAUAUUUCUUUCAAGUACUACAGUCUACAAGUGUCAAGCUGGCUAUCACACCUCAGCCUCGGGUAAACGGAGAGUAUCUGAGUGUUCCAAGUGGGUCCCAGUUGUCUGUCAAGGUGGAGGGUGUGAUACAGCACGGCUCCCAGCCUGACAGAUUCCGCUCAGUCAGUGGUGUUGUGCUUACUCUCAGUUCACAGCUCACUUCUCGUCUCACAAUAGAAAACAAGAGUAUUCCGAUGAAGCCUGGAGAUGGUCAAGUAGUGCUACAGCAGAGUGUAACACCUCACAGAGAUUUCUUCACUGGCCAGUUCUUGCUGGCACUGGGAGGCGGAGGGCAGCACCAGGUCACUGUGGAAGCGGCUGUACAGGACAACUCUGGCAAUGUCUGGACCACUGGUCCUCGUUCCACUCUCACAGUCAAAACUCUUGAAGAUUCCUCCACUAGCAGAGCACGCACUUCUUUUUAAACUAAACAUUAACGUGUUUCUAUUUAAUAAAGUUUAUAAUUUUAUUUAAA